AUGUCUGGGCACGCGUACCCUCCAGUCCCCGCGACCGCAAUCGGCUUCGGCGGUGCGCGCGACCGUGAACACAAGGACAUCAUCCCCGAGUACACCGUCGAGGUACCGAGCCUGGCGUACAGCCCAAACGCGCGCGGGCCGUCCUACGAUGGCGACAAGGAGGUGGGGAGCGUCGAUGUGCGCGCGGUGCUGCGCACACCGAGUCCGACACCGAGCGAGGCGCAGGUGCUCGCAUCGAAGACGACGCUCUUUGGCGACUGGCGACGCCGCUUAGACUGGCGGCAGUAUGCAAACCGCCGCGGGAUAACGACUAUCGCGGGGGUGGUCGGGGCUCUCCUGUUCGUGAUCCUCUUUCUGGUAGAACAAAAGAAGAUCGUCGCCUGGCUGCAGCCCUUCGCGCACUGGAUGCACGACACUCCUGGUGGCUGGGUGAUCCCCAUCGCGAUCAUGUUUGUGCUCUCCUUCCCGCCUCUAUUUGGACACGAGAUCAUCGCGGUCGUGUGCGGCGACGUCUGGGGCGUUUGGAUCGGAUUCGGUAUCGUCGCCGCUGGAACGCUCCUUGGCGAGCUGGGAAACUAUUUUGCGUUCAAGUGGUUCUGCUCCGCGCGCGGGAGGAAAUUCGAGAAAAAGCGGCUGACGUGGGCACUUUACGCGCAGGUCGUGCGCGAGGGCGGGCUCGUCGUGCCGACUAUCAUGCGUCUCACGUUUAUCCCGGGACAUCUGCUAACCGCGAUCUUCUCGACGUGCGGAAUGACAAUAUGGGGCUUCUUCGUAUCCGCGACCCUAUCGCUCCCGAAGCAGCUCGCCGUCGUGUACCUCGGUGUCGCGCAGAACAGCGGCGAGAACCAGUCGACGACGAGCGGCAUCAAGGCCGUUGUGAUCCUCGCCACGCUCGCGAUGACCAUCCUCGCGAUGCGCCACGUGAAUAAGAAAGUUGACCAGGUCAAGGGCAAGGUCAUCUACGCGCGCCAGAAGGCGAGGUACGCACCCACAGCCCCGCCUCCUCUCCUGGUGCUGACAGGUACCUCGUCACCGCAGGCAAGCAAAAAUGCUCCGCGGGGAGGAGCCGCUGCCGAUGGACGAGGAACUCGCGCUUCGCCCGACCGCCCCGCAGGAUCCGUCGCAGAAACUCCCGGCACGGGCUUCCUCGUCGACGGGCGCUGGCGCUGGCGGCGUCGCUAUCCACAUGCCCGCGCCGCAGCGGCCUGCCAAGGCGGGAAGAGUCGGCGUCGGACGGCUGUUCGGAGGCCGGAAGAAGAAGGAAAGCGAUGUGGGCGUCGGGGCUGGGAGCGGGGGCGUCGAUGUGAACAACAUCGUGGAGGUGGAGCUGGGCGACAGGCAUGA